AUGAGUCGGGCAUGUCAUCAUCAUGAUGGUCUAGUUCGAAUUACUCUUGGAACAGGAGAGGUCGAAAGUUACAUUGUAGAUAUUGUAAAACCAUCUGCAAUAGACUUUGAUAACCUUGAUGCAAAUGAGGGAAUUGUUUUGGAUGCAAGGUUGUUAGAGGAUGCAUAUGGUCUUGCCAAGUUAUUUGACAUUGUGUUGGAUAACUCUGUGCAAGAGAAAUUGGGCCAUGAGGGAGUUCAUAUUAACAAGGGAGAUGCAAAUGUGAGAUCCAACGUCAAACAAUGCCUUUGUAAGGUUGCAUAUGGUUAUUUCACAACAUCUGUGAAGGUGUUGGGUUCAUCUGGUGUAGCCCCUAUAAUGCAUGCACAUACUAUGAAGGCUUUAGAGGCUAAACACCCAUACAAACCACCUCCCUCCAUGGCAACCACAUUGUUCUCCGAAGCUCCUCUAGUGGUUGAAGUUUAUAUAGUUUUAAGGUGCAUUAAGUCAUUCCCCAAAGGGACUUCAUGUGGUAGAGAUGGUUUACAAGCUCAAUAUUUAUUGGACACAAUGGAGAAGGUUCUGCUAUGUCUAGAUAUCUCUUAA